AUGGCAACACUAUUAGUUUGGCAAUGGGUCCUUAUAGCAAUCGCCAUAACCGUGGUCGCUGGUUCGAUCAUUGGCCUUUUAUUGUAUAUUCUACUACGUAGACGACGACAACAACAACAAAACGUAACCAAGGGGCAAGAUUGGAAAGACAAAGAAAAGGGUGGUGACGUUGUUGGUGGAGCAUCAUCAUCAUCUCCAUCAUCUACCCUAUCAUCAUCAUUACCAAUACCACCUACAACAACAACAUCUGAUACACCUUCAUCCUCAAACACCACCGUGGAAGCCGAAAAAUUAGAUCAGCAUCAUGAUGCACAGCUGGUACUGAUGCCGCUCUCACCGCGCAGGACGCAUGAGAAAAUCACCAUUGCCAAGACCACUACUACGACAUCAUCACCAUCACCCUAUCGAUCCACUUUGGUACAACAACAUACAUCCGAGGAUGACAACGAUGAUGAUGAUGAUGCCACUUCCAAAAGACGUAUUUCCCUCUCACCCUUUUUGGAAGGUGUGGAAUCACCUACCCAUUUGCAACCACCACCUCCACCAGUGCCAGUGCCACUACCACCAACAUCUGUGUCACCACCACCACCACCACCGGCACCUACCCGAUCCUCGGACACCACUAGUAGUAGUUCCAGCAGCACGUUACCUUCUUCAAUAAUGUUACCACCAGCACCUACUCGACUUGGUAUCCAUCCUAAUUCCUCCACUCGAUUGCAUGUUGACAUUACACCCGCUUCAUGGCGUGGACCAACACCACCAUGGACCAUUAUGACGACAUCAACGCCUUCACCUGCCACCUCCUCAGCAGCAACCGAUGCAACAAGUGGCGGCGGUGGUGGUAGUAGUAGUAGUAAUAGUCAUCAUUGA